AUGAAAACUCUCCUUUUCUCACUCAUGGCGGCGAGGAUUUUGAGCCUGUGCUGUUGCCUCGUCGAUCUGCAUGUGAGCGGACCCGGAAGGAUCGGGCUCUGCUCGAAGCUGUUGAGCGGGGGGAGAGUGCCAUCACUGCGCAUGAGCAUACGGGGAGGCUCAACGAGGGAACAUGCGAGGAAGUUGCUCAUUCGAUCCAAGGAGGACGAGGGACAGGGAUUGAGCAUCGCUGCCGUCCACUUCGGCUCUAUCCUCGCCAUCUCCUACUACUUCGCCACCAGGAGUGCUGACUGGCGCCUGAAGCUAGUCUUCAAAGGGCUGGCGUACAACUGCCUCAUCCUGGCGUUCGGCCAAGUGAUGGGCAACCGGCUGCAUGUUCUGGGAUACCCGCUCUUCUCUCUACUCUCACUCCCUCGUUUCUUCAUCUCCCCUCUGGUCUGCUCCAUGCUAGCAUCCUCAGUCGCUUCAGUGGCUGAGGCCCAGGGCUUGCGGAUGUUCGCAGCGUCUGCACGUGGCGUUCGGCGCUUCCACCAUCCUCGACUCCACCUGGAGGCGAUCCUCCUCCCUCCCAUCCUCCUCGUCUCCCUGGCCGUGUCUCUGGGCAUCAAGAUGUUGAGCUGCUCCAUGGUGUCUGGCAUCUUGGGAUCGCAGAACUUUGUCGUCUGGAGCGAGUCGCCGGCAUGCCUCCUCCUCGCUCUCUCCGUCUACCAUUGCGCCGAAAUGAGUCAGAGAGAAGACCCUGCCGCCUCCUCCCUCGCAAGCAAGCUGUGGGGAUUCAUGACUGUCUUCGCCGGCAUGCUACUGCCGCACCUUGCAUGGCACGUGGCCACUCUCAACGGCCAUGGGGGCCCGGAGGAGGAGGAGGACGCUCGCAUGUCUCAGGAUGUGGGGAGAGGAGGAGCAGGGAUGAACAUUCAGAUCGCAGCAAACAAUCUGAUCGUCAACAACAGUCCCAAGUCAGGGAGCAGAACUCCUGCUUCCGGCUCAUCCUACUUUCCCACCAGCCCCAUGGAGCAAGACGACGCUGCUUCCUCCUCUCCUCCGCAAAUGCUGGAGACCUCGAGCAAGAAGACUUCGCAGUCGACCAUCCAGAGGAUCUCUCUCAACAGCGCAGCGAGGAUGAACAACUUUCAGGGGAGGAGGCGUCCGUCUGAUGUACCUCCGAGGAGCAUGUCCAGUCAAGAGCCUUCCUCCGGCAAGCUGCCAAGCCCCUUUGCAAAGGAGUCGGAAUCUCCCAGCUGA